GAGAGAGAGAGAGAGAGAGAGAGGGGUGUUGUUUGAUCAGUCAACACCAGCGACCCGCCACUCUACAGAGGGAGACUCAGAAGCCCACCCUUAGUUCUUCAAGUCCUGAACUUCAUGUCCAACAGCUUCGCGACUGUCCAGCAGCGUCGUGAUCCUGAAGCUCCGUGAGUGAACGACAAAAACAGGGUUUUUGGGACCAGAUGACAGUCAUAAUGAGGCUGUGACCGAUUCCCUCUGAGUACAGUCUUGACUGACAUGAGUAUGGCAACUGCCAAGAAAGCUUCCUCUAAAGCGGGAGGUGUUCGCUUUGCUGAGGAGAACACUGCCGCUGCUGCUGCUGCUGCCGCCGCUCACUCUCAUGUGCACUUUGACGAGAAACUGCACGACUCUGUUGUCAUGGUGAUUCCUGAGACAGACGGGAACUUCCUAGUUAAGGUGGGCUUCCUAAAAACUCAGCACAGGUAUGAGAUCAUCUUUACGCUGCCAGAGAUUCCAGCGCUUGGGAAAGAUGUGUGUCCAGCUCCGGUGCCCAACCCUUACCUCCAGAUAAAAGAUAUUACAGUGGCCCCUGACGGGGGGCUAAAGGUGACAUGUGAGUACAUGGCUCACCAGGAGGGGGUGCUCUGUGAGGAGAUGCUGAUAGUCAGCGAGAGCAAAGAGGACGUGUGCCUGAAGGUCAAAGUUCAUGCCCGUGUUAUGGACCGACACCAUGGGACGCCGAUGUUAUUAGAGGGGGUGCGGUGCAUUGGAGCUGAGCUCGAAUACGACUCGGAGCAGAGUGAUUGGCAAGGAUUCGACUAAAUGCAUGAGCUAAACUUCUCAGACAUUUAUCAGUUCAGCAUAUCUGUAAUAGGUGGUAGGAGUGGGAGUCCACCCAACAAUCUAGAACCCAGUCAGGACCGUUUAGUGUCACUCUGCUUUCUCUUCAUCUGUCCACAUAUAACCUUCUGCAGGUUUACCAAAAUGACCAUAGUCAAUAUUGGUUUUUUGAUGACAAUGGAAUUAAAGAUUUUUCAGUGUUUUUCAGUGUCUGUGUGCGAGGCAAUAAUCCAAUUUUGUCCUCUUUUUAAAUUUCAUAAUAUGGUUGAAUACACUUGUCUUUUCUGAACCAAGCAAAGUACAAAUAUACUGUUAUUUUGCUCGUAUGCUUGUUACUAUGCUUCCAGGUUAUGCUCGCUGUUUUCUUCUGUAUUUUUAUUUUUUUAGUUUCAUGUUUUGUCAUGACCACCAGGGGGCGCCUGGACUUACUGUGAAUUACCAAAUUCCUCAUCAGUUCAGUAGGGGUCACUGUUGACCACAAAUGUGGCUCAGCAGCUAAAGCAGCGUUGCAGACAUGCAUGACUUCAUUCAGCAGUAGGGACACAACUGGUCUACCGUCUAAUGUAAACUGUGAACAUGGAUGUAUUUCUUUUUGAUUUUUUUUUUUAACCUUUCUGUUUUUAACCUGUAAGAUUACUUAUGUGAGCCAAAUUCUUCAAGCACAGGUCAAUUAUCUUUGCCCACAAGAGCCGCUCCAGGCCUUUUAAUUUGAAUAAGUAGAAAGAUAGAAGAUCAUAGAAAUUCCCUAUUAAACUUCAUCUGGUGCACUUCAAGGGCUGUCCUUAUUCUCUUAAAUAAUCAAUUAUUCAUUUUUGUAUCUUGAUUUGGUGGCUUAUGUUAAUUUGAAUAUGUCUAAGUGCCUAAGCCAUUCAUCCACUCCUCUCUAUCCCUCUGUCCCCCAGACUCCGGCAUCUGUCUGUCACCAAUUAAUGCAGAAUGUCUGAAGCCUUACUAAGCCUAGUAAUGUAAACGCAGUGUGUCUGUUUUAAUGCUUGAGCUUCUUGACUGUGAACGUGAAUCACUCAUGUGAGUUGAUUCUUCAUAGUGAGGCACUAUACAGUGUUUGUGAUCUGAGGCCUUUGUGGGUGUUAAUUUUGCUGGAAUGAACUGGCUGCGCGAACAAAUAGAUUUGAUUUGCUUGGCACAAAUUUUCUGCCUGGGUCUGUCGUGAAUACAUUUGCUUGUCCUUGAGUGUUGUCUACAGGCCUUUUCUAAAUCAAAUAAAGAUGACUGUUGACUGUA